CAGAAUGUAAUUCUACAAUAAAUUUUUUACACAGGUGUUGAUGAUUUCCAGCAAGUGUUGAUAAUUUCAGACAAGAAUCUUCUUUGAAUUAUCAACUAUGUGGGCAGACACUCUAUUCAUUGUUUUGAUUUCCAUUUGUACUGCAUUUUUUGGAGAAGGCCUCACUUGGUUGUUGGUCUACAGGACAGAAAAAUACCAAAGAUUAAAGGCAGAUGUUGAAAGGCAAUGUAAAAAAAUUGAGAAGAAAAAAGAAGCUGUGGAGCUGUCUGAUAGCCGGCAGAAGAAGAAGCUGGAGCGAGAAGAGGAGCGCCUCAAGACUACCAACAGAGACCUCUCCAUGGUCAAGAUGAAGAGCAUGCUAGCCAUUGGCUUUACGUUCACUGCCCUUCUCUCCAUGUUCAAUUCCAUAUUUGAUGGGCGCGUGGUCGCGCAACUUCCCUUCACGCCCAUCUCUUGGCUCCAAGGACUCAGCCAUAGAAAUCUAAUGGGGGAUGACUACACGCACUGCUCCUUCAUCUUCCUCUACAUCCUCUGUACCAUGAGCAUCAGGCAGAACAUCCAGAAGAUGCUGGGCUUCGCUCCAUCCAGGGCGGCGAGCAAGCAUGGCAGCAGCAUCUUUGGCGCGCAGCCCAACAACGUCCAGAUGUCACCUUACAAGCUAUGAACGUUCCUGCGUCGCCUCGCUGGUGAUGGCGUUCGUCCGAAGGACGAUGUGGUCGCCACUUGUUACUGCAAAUAUUUUGUAAAUCCCAUCUAACAGGUAGCAUUUCGUGUCAGAUACAAUUCAUUUUUUUUCUCACCCGAAGCUGUGAAAGUUGAAUUUAUUUUACGAGUUAAAUCCAUUUAGAGUUCCAUACGUGAGUGACGACGCGAAAGUGGCUUCGUGAUAUGAUGGUGUAGCGCUUGCUGCAAGCCUGCAACAAUAGGAAGUCCUUUUCAUGACUUCUCUUAUUCAUGCGUUGAGUGAUAAAAUUUGUUGGGAAUCUAUCCCCUACUUGAGUAUUCAUGAUCAUUCUAAUGAUGAAUCACGAUGAAAAUACCUUUCCGUUUCAACAUUUUCAGUAUAGUUUUGUUGAAUUUUUCUGUCGAUUGCGAGACUAAUUUUAAUCGAUAUCCUCGUACCAAGCUUGUGACUAAUGUGUCCUAUGAAUUUUAUUGAUGUUAUCUUUCCUAUUGCUUUCUCAUCCAUCGAUUUUCAAUAAAUAAGUUUAAUGUUA